UUUAUGCCAAUAAAAUAAAACCCCUAUACGGUAUAACAUUUUUCUAAAAAGCAAAAAAUACUCUCAAAAAUACCAAUCUACAUGUGUUUUACAAAAAGCUUUUUAUUUUCAGGUUCCAUGGGAUGGGACAGCAGUCUAGCAAAGUUAUAGGCAUGCCUUCUACAUGAACAGGAACUUUGAACAGAAAAAUAGGGUAGCAUGUCAUCUGUUACAAAAGUUAAAAGUUUCUUCAGCUAACAACCUUUUUGUAUCUUUUACCUCUUUCCUUGCAUAAUGGGGUGACAAUCAUGUUCACAUGGUUUCAAAGCUCUCAUCUUAACAAUUUCAAGCAUGCAUUUUUCCUGACAAUCUGGUUUCAAGAAUGUGUAGUCCAUUUGGGAUUCAACCAUUUCCUGAUGAACAUCAUCAUUCCAAAAUGAUUCUUUGUGAAUUAGAUUACCAUAGCCAAAUUUAAAAGUUUUGUGGCAAAAAACCUUUGUGGUUUGAUGGCUCCCAGUCCAUUUAUGGUUUUCAUUUUUGUGGAUCAUUAGUGAAGCAUCCACGCUCUCAUUAACCUGUGAAUAUUAUGUAGUUAUUAAUUUUUGGGUGUCAUUUCAAACCACAAAAACCACAAAAGUUUUUGGCCAUGAAACUUUCCAGCUAUAUGCUAUAAUUAAAUUUUUUGGCAAAUUCACAUCCAUUGAAGUUUUUGUGCUGCAUAGUAUAUUGCUAUGUUAAAAUGACAUGCAGUUAUAAUACCGCCAAAAUAAUCUAUUUUUCUAUUCAUUAGAUAAUGCCAAUUCAAUUGACACAAUUAGAAGAUUAAAAGGCAUUCCUAAUAAUGACACUAAUGGGGGUAACAAGUUUUGCUUUUCUUUUUUUCAAAACAAUGAGGAAAACACCAUUAAUAUACUUGGUAUAUAUAUUGGUACACAAGAAAAUGAAGAAGUUCAAUAUAGUAUAAAGUCAAAAGUUAAUGGUGUUGCUAGAAUCGGCAAUGUUAAACCAGGACAAAUAAACAAAGAACUGUAUCAGUAUACCUCCUAUAAUAACUUUGAAACUGAUUUGAGCUUCAAUCCACCAAGAGUGAAAGGCAUGGUUCCUCUCAGAUCAAUGAGUGAUACUGGCAUUAUUGUUGAAACUGUGGAUAGUUUACAUAAGAUAUCAGUGAUGGGUUUUAGCGAUGGAGCUGAGACAUCAGAUGGUUUUACUGCUGUGCCAAUUGUUGACAUGUCAAAUAUUAUUUCAAUAGACUACCAGUAUUCAGUAUUCACUGCAGGAGGAAAAGACUCUUCUAUUGCAGCAAUUACUACUUGUGAUGAUUUUGAGACUGCCGAGAAUGUAACCAUCAAUGCAACUCUUGUUUCUCAACAAGGAAGCUUUUUGCCAUUUAAUGGAUCCACCCUACCUUUUCAGAGUCAUUACACUUCUGUUAUCACCGGUUCAGAUGAUCUUAUUUCCAGUAUCAAUGUCAUAGCUACUCAACCAAUAGGUUUUAUGACUGGUCAUGAGUGUGGUCAAGUUCCAAUUGAUCAAGUGGGCUGUGAUCAUCUCAUAGAGCAAAUACCCCCUUCUUAUACAUGGGGAUAUAAUUUUUUAACUGCUCCAUUUCAUACAAAUAAUUUUGGAUACAUAUUGAAGCUUUUAUUUUCUCGAUUUAUAACUGGUGGUGGUAGUAGUCCUGGAACUGGUCCCAAUGUUGUGGCACAAGAGGGGGAUAGUCAAGUUAAAGUCUGCAUAACACUCUCAGGAUUAGCUGACUCCUCAUAUCCAGGACCAGUAGAAUUUCUUUUUAUACCAAUGGAGAAAUCAGAAGCAUUGCAGCCUGCACAAGAGGAAGAUUAUGAUAAUACAACUAUAGCAGUUAUAAUGCCACCUGGUGAUAUUGAGGUCUGUGCACAUAUCAGUACUGUUGAAGAUAGGAUUUUCAAUGAACCAAAUGAAGAGUUUUGUAUCAAUGUAACAUCAAAUGUUUCACUUGGUAUGUUUCAUCCUCCAGAGUGUCAAAUAACAGUAACCAUUAUUGAUAAAAUAGUCGCAGCAAAGUUCAAAGGCCUAACAGUUGUGAUAAAACCCACAGAACACUCCCACCAAUACCGCAGUGUGAUAUUAUAA